AUGAAAGAAGUAGAACAAAGUAGUGGUCUUCGAGUUUUACAGAUAACUGAAGAUACAAUGGCAAUUGCUGCAGCUGAAAAUUUUCAACUUAAGUGGCAUAGCUAUGGAGCCUACAUGCAUACAUCAGUAGCAACUUUGCUCCGUUCUGAAUCAUUUACUGACAUUACACUUGCUACCAUUGAUGGUCGACAAAUCCAUGCCCAUCGUUUUGUACUCUCUGCUUGUAGCUCUUAUCUUCAUCAGUUAUUGAGAGUUGUUUAUCCUACAACAAAUGGUAACUUGCCUGUGGUAAUAGUAUUGCCCUCUGAAAUCAGUUACCGCAUAUUAAAGGUACUCAUUGAAUAUAUGUACAGUGGGGAAGCUACAGUCAGUUAUGGACAGUUAGAUGGCAUUUUAAAGGCUGCUCACAUCUUGGGAAUACGAGGUCUUUGUCGGGAAAGUAAUACUGUUGAACGAAGUUCUUCAUCUAUUUCUUCUCAUAAACAUACACAUAAUGAAAGUCAAAAUGAGAGAAUUGUUAAGCAGAGUCGUGCACCAGUUGAGAACAACGAAAGAGUUGUAGAUGAUGACAGAUCAAGUGCUGUGAGUAAUGAUGUCUCUCCUCAUGAAACAUACGAGGAUGUUCCUCUCCAAUUACGUGAUAUUACUCAAAACAGUAAUCGAAGUUCAGAAGAAGAAGAAAGUCAAAAGAAGGAAUCAAGUCGUCAGUCAAGCAGCGUUGAAAAUUCUAGUGCAAAAUCAGGACCACCGUCUGAUGGUUCUGAUGCUGUGAAUCCAGUCCAAUUGGUUGUAAAACAGGAGCCAAUAGAAUGGGUUGAUACAGAGUUAGAAGAACCUGGUGAUGAUGACCUUGGAGAGCCCAUGCACACAGAAAUGACAGUGAAGCCAGAAGUUUUACAAACUGUUGCGGAAGGAGAAGAAGAAGAUACAACAUUAUAUACACCAUUAACAUGUGAUAUUUGUCAAAAGACAUUUACUGCUCCUGCAGAAUGGGUUCGUCACAUUGAGGCACAUCCUGAAAUAUAUCAGCAGUCUACAAAGCAUAGAGGCAGCAAAAAUUCUGAGAAAGUUCCUGGUAGUGCAGACCAGGGCACAGAUUUUCCUCCCUUACGCUGUGAGCUAUGUGAGCUUGUGUUUUCAAGCCCUGGUGAUUGGGUACGACAUAUCCAGAACUCUCACACAGAACAAGAACUUGCUAUCAGCAACAACUCGUAUCAGCAUACAAAAAUGAAACGCAGUGGUCGCAAACUUUGUCAAAAUAACAGUGCAGCAUGGGAACGAGGAUGCUUUAUCCAGACUUCCAGUGGGCCCACACAGCAAGUUCGGCGGACAGAAAAUGGAAUGCCUACAAAUCUACCAGUAGCAAGAGGAAAUUGA